AUGUCUUCAAUAAAUAUGAAUAAUUUACAAAUUGAAAAUGUUCAAAAUUUGGAAGACAAAUCGUUAGACAAUUUACUAUUCGAAACAAAUGUAAAUUAUUUUGAAAACAGAAGAAACAUGGCAUUUUACAAAGGCAAAAGAUUCAAGAAAAGGUUUAAUGCUGUGAGUAACAAUGUAGAAAGCUCUAACAACGCUGAACAAAUUCUAUCAAACUCAAAAAUUUUUGCCUCUCCAGCAAAUUCAGAUGAAAACCUCUCCGUAAAUACCUCGGUCUGGUCCUCAAAGUCCAUCGAUUCUAACAACGUCAACAACGAUUCGGAUUCAUCGUUUAUUUCUCCUUACCCAAUUUAUUUCACUGAUUGCUCAGCAAAACCUCUAACAUCUGAGGACAACAUAAGUACCAAGAUGAAGGAUCACGCAUAUUUUGUUUUUAAUAAUUUGAAAUGA